ACCUAAUAUUGCUAUAAACGCUUAUGACGCUGGUAAUGAACCGGUCGCUGUUGCAAGACGCUACGCCUCGUUGAGCCAGGGAGGCGUGAUAUGCGUGCGGGUUAUCGCUGGUGUAGGACAUCAAGGUUCGCUCAUAGCCUCCCUACGAGUACGCAUCGCAUCCCCAGACCUAAUCCUUAAAUAUAAUCGCUAAUAUCGACUCCUUAAACCCCUAGAAGCAAAUCGUGAUUCCUAAGCGGAUAUCGUAUGGCUGUCGACUUUGCAAACAAGCGCUAUAGCAUCAUGGGGGUAUCGAACUCUGUGCGACUCGCUCCGGUCAUCUUCGUUGGCGGCUGUAUCGACAGCGGCCUGCAGUUCCUCCCAUGGCUUACCAAGCCCCUUCCUUAUCUCCAUGUCGAGACGAGCAAGUUCUACGGCGACGUUGCGCCUCGGCUCUAGAAACUCCCUCAAGCAUAAUGCCGCACCGGUGACUAGUUCGCUAGAUUGGCCCUCCGCGCCCUUCUCGAGCGCCAUAGCGAUGAGCUUCGAGUCGCGCGAGAAAGCGGAACGGUCGGGGCCUUCGACCCCAUCCAGGUACCCGAGCAGAUGAAAGAUGCCUGGGAGCUCCCCCUUGCGAACUGAACCACGCUUUCGAAGAUCGUAGGCCGUGCCGGACAACUCAAUGAUAAUACUCAGAAGCGCGUACACCACAGAGUCAAGAGUAUGCCACCACUUAUCGAUGCUAGUCGCCAUAUCAUCGGCCACUAGUGUGUGUUGUGCCAUCCUCAGGGGCAAGGGCAGACGGUGCUCGACGACGAACUUAUCGAUGAUCGAUUUAAGGCGGAACGCACAGUCGUUUGCCGGCGUGGUCUUGGGAGACUGGCUGCUUUCCUUCUCGUCGGCGUCAGCAAGGUGUAUCAUGCCGCACUCGUCGACGCGGAAGGUAUCGCUGGACACGAGUCCUCGGUUGACGGCGGCGCUGAUGGUGGUCAGAUUGUGCGUCCGGAGGCCGCAUCCGGAGGCCUUUGGACUGUUAUGCAUGUUGUCCACCGUGGUAGCAGGGAAGCUCCGUGGUUUGGGGAGAGGGGAGGUAGGAAUUUUGCUUCGUUCGUACAACGAAAGGCGUGUAGAGUUGGGGUUGGAUUGCCUAUCGCCUACUUAUAAAGUCCGAUGGGGGCUGGGAGUGAGAUGGAUGAGGAAGGUCGGGAACCGGUUAAAACAGCAAGCAAAUUACAUGGAGGUAUUUAAAUGCUUUUUUUGUAGCUGCAGGUGCUGCCGUACACAGACACCCGCAUGCGUGCUGCGUGUUUCUCGGGUCACUGCGUCGAAGGCGAGGAGUCAUCCCCGGAGGAGAGGAGGUUACAUAUUUCGGUUCAUCCAGGAAUUGUACUGUCGUAUUAUCGAGGGAACAAACGAGUGUGAGUUAUUGAAUCUCUCCCCCCCCCAAGUGUGUGUCAUUGUCUGCUUAUUGUCUGUGGCCUACUCGAGCUUGACCCAGAACUUUGCCUUGGUUUCAUCACAACCAUCACAACCACUUUACCUCUUGUGGACUCGUAAGCUUGCACAAGAGGGCUUCUCUACACAGUAAUUAUCCAUAUCGGUGUAUUCCGGUUAACACGUACUAUGGGGGCACCGAGAGCCCAAAUGAAUCCCCCUCCCCACCCCCAGUCUAUCUCUAGUUGUUCUUUUCCUACACAACAAGAGCAACGUUACGGACG